UCAGAGGAGGGGACAUCGAAGCCAUGGCCCCCCGAACAGCUGCCAUCCGCCAGACCUGCUGCUGCUUCAAUGUCCGGAUAGCCACCACCGCCCUGGCCAUAUACCAUGUGAUCAUGAGUGUCUUGUUGCUCAUCGAGUACUCAGUGGAGGUGGCUCAUGGCAAGGCCUCCUGCAAGCUCUCGAAGACUGGCUACCUCAGGAUUGCCGACCUGCUCUCCAGCUUCCUGCUCAUCACCAUGCUCUUUGUCAUCAGCCUGGGUCUGCUGGUAGGAGUGGUGAAGAAUCGAGAGAAGUACCUCCUGCCCUUCCUGUCCCUGCAAGUCAUGGAUUUCCUCCUGUGCCUACUCACCCUGCUGAGCUCCUACAUCGAGCUGCCUGCCUACCUCAAGUUUGCCUCGAGGAGUCGGGCCGGCUCCUCUAAGGUCCCACUGAUGACUCUGCAGCUUCUAGACUUCUGUCUGAGCAUCAUGACCCUCUGCAGCUCCUACAUGGAAGUACCCACCUAUCUCAACUUCAAGUCCAUGAACCACAUGAAUUACCUCCCCAGCCAGGAGGGCUUGGAUCAUAGCCAGUUCAUCAAGAUAAUGAUCAUCUUCUCUGUCGCCUUCAUCACUGUUCUCAUUCUAAAGGUGUACAUGUUCCAGUGUGUGUGGAGGUGUUACAGAUUCAUAAAGUACAUGAACAUGGCCGAGGAGAGGAGCAGCCUCAAGAUGCUCCCAAAGAUGAUCCUGCCAUCCUACGAGGAAGCCCUGUCUUUGCCGUCCAAGGUUCCUGAGGGGGACCUAGCACCGCCCCCCUACUCAGAAGUGUGA